AUGGUGGAAUGUCACACGUUUUGCUCAAUUCUAAUAACGUGAAUGUACAAUGUUGUAUAUUAUAUUUAAGUCAUUUUUGACAUUCUACAAUCGGAUAUAUAAAAAAAACAUGAUGAAGACAUGUUUACUUUAACAAGAAUCUAUAACAUGGUAAGAAUAGAAGACAACGAUUCUCCCCAAGAAGAUUCAUCGGGUUCCCAGAUGAAUAUAGAAUUUAACCCAAUAAUCGAACUCUGGCCUGAACUAACUCUAGAAGAGAAAGUAGACAAAGCUUGGAGGAAAAUAUCCCACGAAGUUCCCAAGAAAAGAAACCCGCUUAAAGCCACCACACACGAUUUCAAACUGGUGCCUUUGGGACUUUGUAUGAUGGUCUGGUUCGUAAUAGCAGCUGCAAAUACCUUCAUAGAAUGGCAACCAGAUUACUUUAAACGUGGAACCAGAUAUUGCAAUUAUUAUUUCUUUAAUUCUUCUGUAGCUAUUUUAUUUUUGCAACUGGUGUUUAAUCUGUUGCUAAUGUUUUAUGUGUCUAUUAAAUUUUCGUUUUAUGAUUAA